GUGAAAAGUUGUCGAAGUUGUCGUAACACCAAGUUUUCACGAGCUGCAGUGUACCAAAAAGGGGACCGAAAAUGGCCUCGCUAUUGAAACUUUCCUCUGCCCUGCGGCGCCAAACGAUAGUGGCCGGUGCUCGCGCCGGUUCGUCCUACGCGGCCGCCUUCCGUUCCGCCCUUUCGAACGAACCCGCCACCGAGGUAACCACUCUGGACAGCGGACUGCGUGUAGCAAGUGAAACCCUGCCGACGAAUGUGGCCACCGUUGGAUUGUUUCUCGAUGCCGGCGCUCGAUACGAGGACAAGGAAAACAACGGUACGGCGAACUUUUUCGAACACGUAGCUUUUAAGGGAACGACCAAACGAUCACAGGCUGCGCUGGAACAGGAGGUGGAGAACCUCGGUGCUCAGCUCGACGCAAAAACUGGUCGCGAGCGUACCGUGUUCACCGCGCGUUGCCUCUCCAAGGAUGUACCGAAGCUGGUAGAGAUUCUGUCUGACGUCGUGCAGAACCCGAAGCUGGAUGAUGCCGAUGUGAAGCGCGCCCGUGAAGUUAUCCUCGGCGAGAUCGAACAGGUGGACGCGAGCAACCUGCGCAAGGUGGUCUUUGACCAUCUGCACUCCACCGCCUUCCAGGGCACGUCCCUCGGCAACAGCGUCUACGGACCGAGCUCCAACAUCCGUUCUAUCAAGGGUGAUGAUCUGCGCGGUUAUGUCAACUCCCACUUUAAGGCUCCCCGGAUGGUGCUGGCCGUGGCCGGUGACGUUCGUCAGUCGGAGCUGGAGAAGCUGGCAGACAAGCACCUCGGAAAGGUGGAGUCGACGUUCGAUGGCAAGCCACCGCAGCUGACGGCAGUGCGCUUCACUGGCUCGGAAGUGCGCGUCCGCGACGACUCGAUCCCGCUGGCGCACGUUGCCGUAGCCGUCGAAGGAUGCGGUGUAAACGACUCCGAUGCAUUGGCUCUGUCGGUUGCCAGCACUCUCAUUGGUACCUGGGAUCGCACAUUCGGCGGUGGUGUGAACAACGCCUCUAAGUUGGCCGUCGCCUCCGCGCACGACAAGUUGUGCCACAACUUCCAGUCGUUCAACAAGAUGUACCGUGACACCGGCCUGUGGGGCAUCUACUUCGAGUGCGAUCCACUGCUGUGCGAGGACAUGCUGUUCAACGUGCAGAACGAAUGGAUGCGCCUGUGCACGAUGGUCACCGAUGGCGAGGUAGAGCGUGCGAAGCGCCAGCUGAAGACCCGCCUUCUGGCGAAGCUCGAAGGACCUCAGGCGAUCUGCAAGGACAUUGGUCGUCAGGUUUUGGAGAGCGGACGCCGUGAGCCACUCCAUGAGGUCGAGCGACGCCUGGAGAACGUGACCGCACAGAAUGUGCGUGAGGUUGGAAUGAAGUACAUCUUUGACCGCUGCCCAGCCGUUGCUGCCGUAGGACCGGUCGAGAACUUGCCGGAUUACAUGCGCAUCCGUUCGUCCAUGUCAUGGGUCAGAUUGUAAGCGAGCGGAAGAAUAUCUACUAUCUUCUUCGGCUUAAAUUGUGUAGCAAUUUAAUAAAUCGUAUGUGUUAUCGGUGAAAAAUUGUAUUGUCAUUUUGAU